CCAUAGAAGCAGACAGAGCAGCUAAAGGGAAGUACUGCAGCGUGCUCGGCUCAGUUGAGCUGUGUUGUGUCAGUUUCUGCUUUUAACGAUCUGAAAACAGCAAACAGAUCUGUCCUUUUUAAACUAGCUGCACGCAUAUCGGCACACAAUGGCCACUGAUUCAGGCUACGGUGGCGCACAGAGCUAUGGGUCAUAUGGAGGUCAGCAGGGUGGACAGGGUUAUGGACAAGGAAAUGGUGGGGCCAGUGGUUCCUAUGGAGGACAGAAUUUUGCAGGCUAUGGUCAACAAGGAGCGCCGCAAGGUUCAGAAGGUUAUGGUCAAUCUCAGCAACAAAGCUAUGGCACUUACACUCCAGACUCAACUGGGUAUGGCGACAAGUCUGCUUCUUACGCCCAGCCAGCAGCUGCGUCUUACGGUGGACAGAGUCAGGGAAGUGGAGGCUAUGGCCAGCAGAGCUCCUACGGCGGACAGAGUGGUGGUUACGCCGGAGCACAGGCGCAAGGAGCUAGUAGUGGCGGUGCCACCUAUGGCCAGCAGAGCACCUAUGGUGGACAGAGCACUGGUGGAUAUGAUAGCAGCCAGGGCCAAGGAGGUGGAAGCGGUGGCAGUGGCUAUGGAAGAUGGAGUGAAGGUGAAAGUGGUGGUCAGGGCGGAAGGUUUGGCCGCGAUAGUGGAGACCGCUCAGAAGGAGGUGGCGGCUUCAGGGGCAGAGGCCGCGGUGGCUUCGAUCGAGGCGGUUACGACCGUAGUGGUGGCUAUGACCGUGGGGGCUAUGAUCGUGGCGGUUACGACCGUGGUGGCAGAGGUGGACCUCCUGGUAUGGGAGGUGGUGACCGUGGUGGCUACAAAAAUUUCGGUGGCUCUCGAGAUUAUGGCUCAAGGGAUGACUCAGGUGGGGAGCAGGAUAACUCUGACAACAACACCAUUUUCGUACAGGGACUUGGAGAAGAUGCGACUGUUCAAGAAGUUGGAGACUUCUUCAAGCAGAUUGGCAUCAUCAAGGUAAAUAAGAAGACCGGCCAGCCGAUGAUCAAUAUCUACUCUGACAAGGCCACUGGCCGACCCAAGGGAGAAGCUACUGUGUCCUUUGAUGACCCUCCAUCAGCUAAAGCUGCUAUUGAUUGGUUUGAUGGAAAGGAAUUCAAUGGCAAACCCAUCAAAGUCUCAUUUGCCACUCGCAGAGCUGAGUUCACCCAAAGAGGAGGGUUCAGAGGUGGACGAGGAGGUGGAGGUGGAGGAUUCAGAGGUCGUGGCGGUGGAGGAGGACCCAACUUUGACAUAAAGGGAGGCGACUGGCCGUGUCCUAACAGCUCUUGUGGAAACAUGAACUUUGCAAGGCGGCAGGAGUGUAACAAGUGUGGAGCACCCAAACCAGAAGAUGCUGGAUUCGGAGGAGGAGAUCGUGGCGGUAGAGGAGGAUUUGGAGGCGACCGAGGUGGAGGCUUCAGGGGCCGUGGGGGUUUCCGUGGCGGAGACCGUGGGGGCUUCGGAGGCGGCGAUAGAGGAUUCGGAGGUGGCUACAAAAUGGGAGGAAGGGGUGACCGACGAGACGACAGAAGAGACCGGCCAUACUAGGAGUUGAAAGACACCAUUCCAGCCCUUGACUUUGCCAUUGGAGGGUGGGGAGGGGUCCUAGUGUAGAGAACACUUGUGGGAGGGGUAAUAAAUCAUCAUUAGUCUUUUUAGCUUAUUCAUCCUAAGUAUUACUGUUCAUCUGUGAUUGAGGGAUGCAUUGAGCUAAUGUGAAAGAGGUUUGGGGGCUGAUUGGCACUGUUGGCAUGUUGUCACAUUUUUGUUUGUUUUUUUUAAUUUUUAUUUCUGUACAUUUUUGUUCCCUUUGACUGUAGAUGCAGAUGGUUUGAGCUAGACUGUCUUUUUUUGUAUGAAUGGAAUAAAAUGUUUUACCUA